AUGCCUUCCUACUUCUUUCACCUCAAACUCGAGCUGUAUUCAUCGCCCGCGACUACUGCGAGCAAGCGGCGCAAACUUCACCAUCGACCAAGCUCCAGAGUCUUCACGCCUUCACCGGGCUCCGACAUCUUCAAAACCUCUCUGCCUGCGCAUCGAACAAGUAGGUGGACCAGCUACAGCUUCAGCAAAAGCACGAACGGGUACAACUCAGGCUCUGAUCGCUCGGAUUCGCCGCAUCACCAUACACUCUCCCCGCCGACUGAGCACACCGAAUCGCACGGCGAUGCGCUGCUUCUGCCUGAGCGGAGCCUGCGACUGAAGAAAGAGCCACCGGGGUCGCCACGAAGUACACCGAACGUCAAGCAUUCGAACGAGGCCGCCGCCAAAGACUGGCGAUACGACGCCGUAGAGAUCGAGAGUAUCGAUAUGGACUCCAAAGCAAAGAGCCCAGCAAACGGGGGACUACCCACCAAAGCGGUAUAUCUACCUUCAGACCCAAAGACAACAGACGUUGGAUGGGGAGUCGUGCAUUUGUAUCGCGAUGCGGAGGAGAGCUUGAUACUAGACGAGCAUGCCGCGCCGAGAAAGAGCCUGGGUCAUGGUGAGCAGAACGGCUUCAGCCAAGAAGACUGCACCACUCUCUGCAUACUCGCCGUUCCCUCAUGGAUGAUGCCAUCAGAUCUGCUUGGAUUCGUGGGCGACCAGGCACGGGAAGAUGUAUCACAUUUCCGUCUCAUUCGGACAGGAAGAGCGAACAAGUACAUGGUCCUGAUGAAGUUCAGAUCGGCAAAGAGGGCUCGCGACUGGCAGAAGUUAUACAAUGGCAGACUCUUCAGCGCCGCAGAGCCUGAGAACUGCCAUGUUGUAUUCAUCAAGAGCGUCGAGUUCUUGAGUCCAGACUCGGAUGUUGGUGCUGGUAGUACCUUCCCACACAACACGAAUGAUCCUUUCACAUCUACAGACAACAAGAGUACCAGCAUAUCAAGUAAACCCUUGGCGCCACCACCCCCGAAUCUCCUCGAGCUGCCAACAUGUCCUGUUUGCUUGGAGCGUAUGGACGAGACUACAGGACUCCUUACCAUUCUCUGCCAGCACGUCUUUCACUGCGCGUGUCUUGAGAAAUGGCGAGGCUCGGGAUGUCCGGUCUGCAGAUACACACAUUCACCAUCGUACACAUUCCCAUUCCCGCGGCCAGAAGACGGAGCAGAAGGGGAGGGAGACUCGGAGCCGUUGUGCUCAGUCUGCGACAAGACUUCAAGUCUGUGGAUCUGUCUGAUAUGUGGCAAUGUUGGCUGUGGUCGUUACGACGAUGCACAUGCCUACGCUCACUACGAAGAGACGAGUCAUUGCUACGCCAUGGACAUCAACACUCAGCACGUCUGGGACUAUGCAGGUGAUGGAUACGUUCAUCGACUCAUCCAGAGCAAGCCUGCCCCUGAGCCAACUGGCAAAGGAUUCAUUGAUCUCCCAUCUCGAACGCGCCAUGAGAAUGAAGCCUUCAGGGCCGAGGGCGGCGACAGCGUACCGCGAGACAAGAUGGAGAGCAUGGCCACGGAAUAUACCUAUCUCCUGACGUCGCAACUCGAAGGUCAGCGCCACUAUUUCGAAGAACAAGUCGAGCGUGCAGUCGACAAAGCUGCCCAGGCAUCAGCUCGAGCUGAAGAAGCAGCCAUCUCCGCCAGCAAAGCUCAAGCCGAGCUACAAGAAGCCCGCACCGAACGACAAAGUAUGGCAGAUACUCUCUCACGGAUGGAGAAAGCACUCGACAAGUCCGAGAAAGCACGCACCAAGUUUGAGCAGAUGGCGCGCGACAUGUCGUCCCAGCUUCGAGAGGAGAAGACGAUGAACGAGGGCUUGCUCAGCAAGAUCAAAGUCGCCGAAGAGAAGACCGAAGCUGCAAAGAAAGAAGCUGAGAAAGCCAAGGAAGAGAAGAAGGAUCUGGAAGAGAUGAAUCACGAUUUGACAAUGUUCAUCUCGAGUCAGGAGAAAGUCAAGGAGUUGCAGGCGCAGGGUGAGGAGGUUGUUGAUGGGAGUGUGAGUAUUCCUGACCCGCCACCAGCGAAGAAGGGGAAGGGCAAGGGGAGGAAGAAGUGA